AAUGUUUCGACGCGGUAAGUUCUCGUUUCUAACGAGCAAAGAUGAUCGCAUUAAAAUCAUCAACGAACGCAUAAAUCUCACCGAGCGACAUUUAAUGGAAAUGUGCUCGGCAUUUUCGCUGCUCACACGGAAAAUGGCAAAAUAUCGCGAUGCACACGAUGAGCUGGCCAAGAAUGUGAAAAACUAUGCGGAUGAGGAGGAAAUCAAUGAGAGUCUCUGCAACGGACUAAAGAGCUUCACGAAUGCCUUAACAAUAACCGGCGAUUAUAUGGACAUAAAUGUCCAUCGAUUUGAGUUAAAGAUUGUCAAUGAGUUGGCCCACUUUGAGCAGCUCUGCAAAUCCACUCGGGAUAAUCUGCGCCUGGCUGUCGUCGCACGGGACAAGGAGGUGCUCAGCCAGCGCCAAAUGCUCGAACUGAAAUCCAAGUUUGCCGCCAAUAAUAGCGCCGCAGACUCGGAGCUGUUCAAGACGAAGAUGGAGGUGCAACGAGCCAACAAGGAAAUCGAUGAGAUUAUUAGCAAUUUUGAGCAGCGAAAAUUGCGCGAUGUGAAACAAGUUUUGAGUGAUUUCAUAUUGAUUGCCAUGAAGCAACAUACAAAGGCGUUGGAGGUGCUCAGUGCCAGCUAUUAUGAUGUGUGCAACAUUGAUGAACGCGAUGAUUUUCUGCAGUUCCAGAAGCUAAUGAAAACCAAAGAAGAACCCACCAACAAGACCGCCCUGAAGAAGGGUCUGCGCUCGCAGUCCAUGGACAGCUUGGAGCGGGAUCAUCAUUUGAGUCCGCUGAAGCGACAACAAAAGUUGUCCAGGAGCAGCAAGAAUCUAAGUGGAGCAGGCAUUGGACGUGCCCACAAAGCGGAGCCGAGCGAAGCUGUUGAUGACGACAGCGACGUGGAUGAAGAGGAGGAGGAGGACGACGAUGAGGAGGAGGACGAGGAUGGAGAGAGCGAGCCGAGUGCCGAGGAGGAUGAGGGGGAUGGCACGGGCAGUGCCUCCGAUGAUGAAGCUGAACGCGUGGCGACAAAAGCGUUGCCAACGCGUGACAAUGUUUUCGGCGCCAAGACGCGCAACAAUAAGGACCUGCAGCAGCAACAAGAAGCUGUAGCUGUUGCCACCACAUCAGGCAUGCCGCACAAGGCGGUGCGGCAGAGUGUUAAACAUCCGUUUAAGGCUGUGGCAGCAACGCAUGUAAGGUUGCAAAAGCAAUUCCAUGUGCCACAAAACUAGAAAACUAGCAAACUCGCAACUCAUACUUUGCAUAUCUGGCAUAUCCAAUCAGUAACUAAUCAAAAUGCACGCCUCAUUUUAUUUACCCCAAAUAA